AUGGCGCUUCCUUCAUCUGAUUCUUGGGCUGUCCAACAUGUCAUAGACUGUGGGUUGUCACCUCACCCGUGCCUUUUGGCAGCUACCAUGGACUUCUCCUUUAUGUACCGCUGGUUUAGGAACUGCAAUGUGGUUCGAAAUCUCUCCGAGAAGUAUGUCUUCAUCACCGGCUGUGACUCGGGGUUUGGGAAAUUGCUGGCUCAGCAGCUGGUUGAUCGGGGCAUGCGGGUCCUGGCUGCUUGCCUCACUCAGGAGGGAGCCCUGAAGCUUCAACAGGAAACCUCCUACCGUCUUCAGACCAUCCUACUAGAUGUCACCAAGGCCGAGAGCAUCCAGGCGGCAACCCAGUGGGUGAGGGACCAAGUGGGCGAGCAAGGCCUCUGGGCCCUGGUGAACAAUGCUGGAAUAGGUGUUCCCAGUGGGCCAAAUGAAUGGUUGACCAUAAAGGACUUUGUGAAGGUGAUCAAUGUGAACUUGGUAGGACUGAUUCAUGUGACCCUCCACAUGUUACCCAUGAUCAAGAAAGCCCGGGGCAGGGUCGUCAACAUGUCCAGCUCUGGUGGUCUUGUGGCUGUCAUCGGUGGUGGCUACUGUGUCUCCAAGUUUGGUGUUGAAGCCUUCUCUGACAGCAUAAGGCGAGAGCUCCAUUAUUUUGGGGUAAAAGUCAGCAUCAUCGAACCAGGAAACUAUCGGACAUCCAUUCUGGGCAAUGAGAAUCUGGAGACCCGCUUGCAAAAGCUAUGGGAACGGCUGCCUCAGGAGACCCGGGAGAGCUACGGAGAAGAGUACUUCCGCAUCUAUACUAGAAAGCUGACAAACUUGAUGCAAAUGGCACAUCCAAGGAUCAGUGAUGUCACCAACAGCAUGGAGCACGCCGUCGUGUCCCGGAGUCCUCGAGUUCGCUACAAUCCUGGUCUGGAUGUCAAACUCCUCUACAUCCCCUUGUCUAAGUUGCCCACCCGUGUGACAGAUUUCAUCCUGAGUCGAUACCUUCCAAGACCAGCAGAUAGUGUCUGA